GGCAGCCUGUCCGUUGUCAGCGAGAAUUGCAUUUAAAGGGACAGGCUGGAAGGGGAGGUCUUGAGGACUGGUCUCUUGCCUAGUGCAGCGGCCAGGUCAAAGAAGGGGCGGGCGGGCGGGGGGGGAGCGGGGCUGCGCCUGCCCUCCAGCCUCCAGGGAGCAGGAUGAGUGCCUGGCAGGACCAGCAGCAGCAGCCUCCGGCAGAUGCAGGAGCGGACGGGGCUGCCGCCGCGCCGGCUUCCUCCUCCGAGGAAGAGGAUGAUGGCAUGACCUGGUGGUACCGGUGGCUCUGCAGACUGUCCGGCAUCAUCGGGGGCAUCUCAUGUGCCUUCUCCGGGCUCUGGAACUGUGUGACCAUCCACCCUCUCAACAUAGCCGCCGGUGUUUGGAUGAUAUUGAACGCCUUCGUCCUCCUCCUGUGUGAAGCUCCCUUCUGCUGCCAGUUUGUGGAGUUUGCAAACAACGUAUCGGCGAGGGCAGACAAGCUACGGCCGUGGCAGAAGGCCUCGUUCUACUGCGGGAUGGCUAUCUUCCCCGUCAUACUGAGCCUGACGCUGACAACACUGAUAGGAAACGCCAUUGCGUUCGCUACCGGAGUGCUGUAUGGACUCUCAGCCCUGGGCAAGAAGGGAGAUGCCAUCACCUACGCCAGGAUGCAGCAGCUGCAGCGGAAAUUCACCAGUGAGGAAGGGCAGACUGGGACCGUUGCUGCUCAGGCAGUGUGACGUCCCAUUUUGAAACCACUCGUCGUGGGAGUCAUUUCCUGUCUGGACACUGAAAAGCAAACCUUGGGAAAUUCCAUUCUGGUAAAACCUUGUUCUAAAUCUCUUCCAAACCUUCAUUCCCAGCCAGGGGAGCACAGAAGGAAGACACAAGCCCCUUCUCCCCGAGAACAUCUGUAAAAAUACAAAACAAAGCCGAAUGAAUGCAACACUGUGACUCUGAAAUGCUGCAGCUUUAAGUGGGCGGGGUUUGAAGCAAGACCUCUCUCUCUGCCCCACUCAGUUCUCAGGUUGGAUUGGAACCAAAAAGGGUGAAAAGCCCCAUUCAUCCACACUAGUGUGGUGUCAUCUCAGUUAUCCCUUAAAAUGCUGCUCGGUACAGAUUUUGUAUCGUACCUCGUAUCUGUAUCGCACCUCCGAUACAGAUUUCAUGACUCUGUAUGGUACUUACGGGAUUCUCAAGAUGCUGCAUUCCUAGGAUUUGAUUUUUAUCAGGGGGUUGGAGGAAGCCAAUUUGAAAACUCAAACGAUGGCACCCAAUCCCCAGAAUGCUCACUUACAGGGCUGUUGAGUGGAUUUUUGAGUAACCAUGCUCUGAUUUGGUGUCUACUUAAUGCUGUGAACUUGGGGUGUGGGGGGCAGUUUGUGAACUUUAGGGUAUUUACUCCCCAACUCUCUGAAAGAUUGGGGGGCUGUCUUUAUGCACAAUGGAGAACCUUCUCUGAUCUACAUUUUAAAUUCUGUAGCCAUUUUAGAACUGGACAACUGUGUGCUGGUUAUGAGAUGCAUUUUCUUAGGGGGAGAAAUUAACUUGAGCAUUUUUUGGGGUGUGUGUGUGUUUCUCCGUCUUUCCAGUGUGAACUUCUUAGAUCAGUAGCUACUGCUGUUUAGAGAGCGGGCAGGAUCAUAGUAAUUUCUCAGGCCACCUCUAGGAUGUGGAAAGGGCAGGCAUUUAUCAGGGCUCCCUACCCCAGAAGACUUCCCUUCUUGCACCAAAGAAGAUCAGAAGUGGUGUAAGAGGACAUCUGAUCCCUGUCUCUUUGCCUCCCCCAUGUUAGGGGGCCACAAGGGCCCUGAGCAUGCCGGAGCCACAACCAUUGCAAGCCUCUUGUGUGCAGAAUUCGGGUUCCUUAAAGCAAUAACUAAAAAGGGAUCAACCACUUACUAUUAUUUUGUUUAUUUAUGUAUGUAUUCAAGCCUUCCAAAAAGGGCCCGGGGCGGUUUACGCAGGGAAAUAACAGACAAAUGAGAUGGCUCCCUGUCUCCAAAGGGCUCACAAUCUAAAAAAGAAAUAUAGGAUAGGCACCAGCAAGAGCCACUGGAGGGAUGCUGAGCUGGGGUCGGAUAGGGCCAGUUACUCUCCCCCUGCUAAAUGAAGAGGAUCACCACGUUAAAAAGGUGCCUCUUUGCCAAGUUUGCAUAUUAUUAUUUCAUUCAUUAAUUUAUAUGACUCCAAAGGCUCUAGGCAGAUUACAAAAAUACCACAAUAAAAACAUAAUAAAACUAAUUGUUAAACCAUUAACGUUUAACACAUUCAGAGAUUACCGCAAUUGAGUCUAAAGCUCAGUCCAGUUCUUUUUGCUUCUGAGCCGUAUUCCUCUUCUGUUCACCCUGUGCAGACUAUCUAUGGGCGUAGCAUCCAUUGGACAAGGGGCAGACAAAUGUCCCCCGGCCGGGGUCAGGGGGCCCACAAGGGACCCACAAGGUUUGGGGUCCGUGCGCCCUGCUGCGGCCGACCUGCAGGUGGGGCCCAUGGUGCUUUCUCUCGCCCGCCAUGCUUCCUCCUCCUCCUCCCUCUCGCUGCUGCUCCGCCUCCUGGCCACCAUGCAGGAACCGCCAGAAGAGGGGCUGCCUGGCCCUGAUCCGCCGCCACACCCUCAGCGGAUGGCUGCCCAUCUCUGCGCUGUUGAGCUGGCACUUGGCCACAGUGGUGGCGGCCACCCAAAUGGUGCCGUAGGAACAGAGGAAGCUGCUACAUACUGAGUCAGACCCUUGGUCUAGCUCGCUCAGUAUUGUCUUCACAGACUGGCAGCGGCUUCUCCAAGGCUGCAGGCAGGAGUCUCUCUCUCAGCCCUAUCUUGGAGAUGCUGCCAGGGAGGGCACUGGGAACCUACACUCGCUUCCCAGAGCGGCUCUAUCUCCUAAGAGGGGGAAUAUCUUGCAGUGCUCACUCUUCUAGUCUCCCUUUCAUAUGCAACCAGGGCAGACCCUGCUUAGCUCUUGGGGAGGGGAGAGGAAGGCUUGGGUGGGCUGGGUUGCCCCUACUCCUUGUGUCUGACAUCAGACGCAGGGGGCGUCUCAACUUUGUCCCCUGGCCGCCGGGAACCUUGCUACGCCCCUGCACUAUCCGUUGGCAUUUCAUUGAUUGUUUUCUCCUUAAUCUGCUUUGGGAGACCAUCCUUACAGUAUUUCAUCCUUUAAAGUUUUAUUUAAGGCCAUUCUGGUGGCGAUCGAGUUUUGUUGUGCACGGAACACGCACUAGGCAUAGCUGCUUGUUGAGAAAUGAGUGUGUGUUUUUAACGUUGGAUGCCUCUCUUUAGGAAAGGAGAUGGAGCUACGGAUUUGGGACCUUAAAGGAAGCGUCACGGCUGGCUAAUUUAAGUCUUUUCGUUGUAGACUGUAUGAGAACUUUCCUUUCCUGCUGCGGUCUUGAAUUCCAUCAGGCAGGAGGUCAGUAUUUAGACUAUCCAUGGGCGUAGCAUCCAUUGGACAAGGGGCAGAGAAAUGUCCCCCGGCCUGGGUCAGGGGGCCCACAAGGGACCCACAAGGUUUGGGUCAGUAUUUAGGUCAGUAUUUAGCAGUUGGAUGUGUGGAGAACAAGGAGAAAUGGUUGAACUUCCUUUACAAGUUGAGGGUUGAGACGAGGCAACUGAUUUUCCCGGCUGCACAUGGUGAAAAUCAGGGUUUUGGAGGAAGAGACCAUGAAAACUCACCCUUUUCUCUGAUUAUUAUAAUUUUUUUAAACACUGAACAAAAUUGGUUUGGUUCUGGGGCAUGAAGACAAAGGGAAGCAGCUUUUCUUCUGGAGACUGGAUUCUGCACUGUAACAUUUCCUACUGUACAAUAAAGCCUCUUGCACACAACGCUUGUUUCCCCCCGGUAUGCAAUGCUGUUGUGUGGGUACGCACUUAUUACCUGGCUGACGUGCCCAAAAACGUUGCGGUGCUUUUGACGUGCAACUUAAUCUUGAAUUUGCAAUCAUCAUUUAGUUCUGGGGUCCCCUCUGGAAUUCGUUAUAGUAUAAUUGCAUAAUGAAAGCGUGUGGCCUGGAAGUUCAUUUCCCAGAAUGCCUUGAGGCAAGCGAGACAGCCCUGAACCUCCCUGUCGCUUUCUUGGCUGUAGAUUGAAGACCCUUUCCCGGGAAGCACACGAUAAACAGUCGCGAUGCAAUGUUACAUUUAUAUACCACCUUUCAAGGAAAUGACUUGACUAGCAAGCCAGAGGUUGCCGGUUCGAAUCCCCACUGGUCUGUUUCCCAGACUAUGGGAAACACCUAUAUAUUAUCGGGCAGCAGCAAUAUCGGAAGGUGCUGAAAGGCUUCAUUUCAUACUGCGCGGGAGGAGGCAAUGGUCAACCCCUCCUGUAUUCUACCAAAGACAACCAUAGGGCUCUGUGGUCACCACGAGUCGACACCAAUUCGAUGGCACGCUUUAUGUUAGUUUUUUCAAGAACAACAAAAUUUCUCCACAGUGUUAUACAUAACCUCUUUUUUAAAAGGUUCUCUAUCCCAAAGGGGUUCACAAACCCAACCCAAAUGCCAGCAACAGCCAUGGGAGAGCCAGCGUGGUGUAGUGGUUAGAGUGCUGGACUAGGACUGGGGAGACCCGAGUUCAAAUCCCCCUUCAGCCAUGAGACUUGCUGGGCAACUCUGGGCCAGUCACGUCUCUCUCAGCCUAACCUACGUCACAGGGUUGUUGUGAGGAGAAACUUAAAUAUGUAGUACACCGCUCUGGGUUCCUUGGAGGAAGAGCGGGAUAUAAAAUGUAAAAUAAUAAUAAUGCUGGGCUGGGCUGGACAGGGACAGUCGCUCUCCUCCUGCUAAACAGAAGGGAGCCCCCACUUGAAAAGGGGCUUCUCGACCCAGUUAGCAGGGAAUACUUUACGAAUAUGGAGAAAUGGUACUGCGUGCGACAGUGCAAGGUGUGGCUAAAGUAUCUAGCGCAUGCGCAGUGGCCGUGUGUGCACAGGCAGAUUGCUGGUGCCGUGCCUGGAAAAGCGGUGGGGCAGUGGAGGACAGGUAAGGAUCCGCUUGCUUGCUGUUAAAAAGGAACCGAUCCCCGCCUUGCCAAACCGGUUCGAAUGUGGGUGCCCGAGCCAGUUCGGCAUUUCCCUAAGGAGGCGCCGAACCGGUCCGGGGACAUUCUUACCAAGGGGUGAAUUUAGCACUAAACAGCCAGCUGCCUAGAGAGAUUUUGCUUGAGACAAGUAAACCAUUUUGUAGAUGGAGAAAACCACGGGCUGCUUCUUCCUUAGGGUUGGGUCUGCCGACUGUUAGCCCCGCCUAUGGUUAGUUACCCCGGCUAACUUCCCCCCCUUUUGCCGCUUCCCCCCUCCGCCUCCACUGGGUGCAUCUGACUGGCAACUGAAACAUGUGAACUGGUUCCCUGGAAAAUGGGGCCUGCUAUGAAGGAAACACACAUCGGAUUGGCUGAACCUCAAAUAAUGUCAUGUGUGACUUGUAGGCCAAAGAGAUUGGGAAUAUUGGAUAUAUGGGCUGAGGCUGGCCACAGAUGAACAGAGUCUGCUUGGGGAGUGGGGAGAAAGGGGCUUUGCACAGUGUUUGCCCAUGGAAGGGGUUGCCAGCUGUUGCACUACAACUCCCAUCACCCCCUGCCACGGUGGCAGGGGGUGAUGGGAGUUGUAGUACAACAGCUAGUGACCCCCUGAUUGGGAACCCCUGGUCUACAGAAAAAGGGAACAGUUUGAAAAUGAUGUGGGGGGAAUGGUUUGUACUUUGGGCCUCUAGGAAAUGGAAUGGAACUGGUUUUCAUUUGAUUGUAGAAUCUAUCGGCAACCGUCUUGUUGUCGGAUGGCUGAAACUGACCCUCUUUUGUGUAUGCAGUGAAUAAAAAAGACCAGUUCUACCUCUGGGAAGAACUUUGUGGUCGCAAAAUCUC